AUGAACUUCGCACUCCGUAAUCCAUUUGAGCUAUUUCAACCGUUACCAAACAUUGAAAUAUCCACUACAUUGCGUCGAUUAGAUAUUCGUAUUGAUAAAAAUGUUCCAAAUCGCGUUCAGCAUAUUACUGCAAUUUUGAAUAGUUUGUAUCAGUCUACAUAUACUGUAACUCAAAUCGAUGUUCGUCUCGCUAAUUGGAACAUCAUUUUACCCAUGAUAAAAGAUGAAAUUGCUGGAAAACUAGACCAUGAAAUUGAUACGGCGGUCAAAAACUAUUGUAAACAGAAUAGUCAAAAUCAUGUUGUUUCAUUGUUACAUAGCUAUAUUCCGACAAUUACAAACUGUCUCAACAUAGCAUGUAACAGAACAUCACUAAAUUCUCCAUGCCCUUAUCAAGAUGUCAGUAUUUUUCGAUGGGGAAAAGAAUCUGAAAAAGGCACCUUAUUCUAUAAGUUGUGUCCAUCGUGUAAGGCUAAGUAUCAUUAUAACUGCAUCGUUCUGACAAAUGGAACAAAAUUUUUACAUAUAGAAGAGAAUGCAGAAGUUGUUGUCCUUUUUUCCAAUGUAGGUUAUGAAAAAAACAUACUUCAUCAACUUGAUGCUGAUAUUUUAUUUAAGCAUUCUGGCUUCUCAAACUUUGUUAAUGCAUAUAACUUUAUGUGUCAAAAAAAUGGUUGUAGAGACACUAGACUUAUGGAUAGAUUUCAUAUAGAAAAGACAUGGUUUAUCUGGAGUUUAGGUCACUUUUUCCGCGAAGUUAAUAUUUAUAUACGAGUACCGACGGGCACAGAUUUUCAAUCUGCGCUGUUGCAAAUUCAACCAGAUUUGAAAAAAUUGUUUGCCCAGAAGUGGGCACGUAAAAACCAUGAAACAUAUUGCGGACCUAAUUGUUGUGCCACUGUAGUCCUAGAUGGCCAUCAAAAGGCAACACGUCGUGUUUGUAGAGUUAAGAACUUGACUGUUCCGUGCGAAGACGAUUCUCUUCCAUCUGUGAAAGUUGGCUGUUCAGCUACACCUGCUUUUAAGAGUAAAGUAUGUGAAGCACACAAAAGUGACAACAAUAAUGAUGACGAACAUCCCGUUAGCCAUGAACACCAUAAGCGAAAGCGGCACAAUUUAAGAGCCAAUAAAAAUUGCCGACCAUUAGUGUUCUCGUUACGUUGUAAAACUCUUAAAUCACUUCAAUAUAAAAGAAUUCUUCAUAGAACAUCAGGAAUUAUAGCUGCUGCAUAUAAUUGUGGAUUUAUUUGUAGUAUUUCCGAACUUUUUGGUAGUGAAUCCAUUAAACAAGUAUAUAAUUUUCUUGUUUAUAUGAUGAAAAAUUGCGAACAUGUUCCUGACGUCUUAAUCUAUGAUGAUGCAUGUCAUCUGAAACGCUUUGUUCAAAAUAAAAAUAAUUUUAUUCAGGAAACUCCAGCUAAUCAGAGAAUAUCUCAGUUACAAAUCUUUUGCGAUAAACUUCAUUAUCGUAACCAUACGGAUCCAUGGUGUCGAAAGCAUACAAAUCCUCGCAAACAUCCUAUAGCUAACUCAACAAAUACAGAGGUUUGUGAGCAGAUUUUCAGUUGGUUAGCACAAUAUAAAAAUAUUGUCCGUGGUUUCGAUGAAUCCACAUUCUUGACUUACAUUUGUCUAAUAUGUGAUUUAUACAAUACAAAUAAGUUGGCAAAUAUUCGAAAAAAGCAUGAAAUAAAAAUACUUCCUAUGAGAUUAGAUUAA